CAACUCUCAGAACUUGGUUGCCUUGCAGUCGUAAGCUACUUCCCCAAUACUCGCCGUCUUCUUCUUCCUUAACGCCUUUUUCUCUUUGCUUUUGUAUUAAGAACCAACUUCCCAUAUAAACCCCAUGCUCUCUACUCCCAUACCUUCGAAGCUCUGAUCCCAAACCACCCCCCUUCCAAAUGGGCUUUCUCCGACAACUCUUCGGCUUCCGCACCAGAAAUCCCAAGAAGGAAAAGAAGAGGCGGAGCUUCAGCGUCGGAUCCCCAGACCACGGUAAUACCCAAGCGACGCCGUCUCGAAUAUAUCUCGACUCUUCUUCCACCGACCUGGACCCCAACAAGCACGCCAUAGCCGUUGCCGCAGCCACUGCUGCGGUGGCGGAGGCUGCGCUCGCGGCCGCCCAUGCGGCAGCAGAGGUCGUCAGGCUUACAAGAACCACUAGCUCCGUCGGUUGUGGGAGUCGUCGGCGGUGGACGGAGGACUUUGCGGCCGUUAAGAUACAAUCAGCUUUCCGUGGCUAUCUGGCAAGGAGGGCACUCAAGGCACUGAAAGCAUUGGUGAAACUUCAAGCAUUAGUAAGAGGGCACAUGGUGAGAAAGCAAACUGCUGACAUGCUGAAGCGCAUGCAGACAUUGGUCCGAGUGCAGGCCCGAGCACGUGCAAGUCGCGCACACCUGUCAGAAUCCUUGCAUUCUAGCAGCAAGUCCUCCCUCUUGCGGCGCCCUGUUCCUGCAACUCCUGACUUGAAUGGUGGUCCCCUUCGUGCUUAUAGUAGCAAAUUUGAUGGCUCGUCAAUCUUUAAGAGAUGUAGUUCGAAUUCAAACUUCAGGGACGUCAUCGACCCAGACAAACCACAUGUUGGUUCGAACUGGUUGGACCGUUGGAUGGAAGAAAGCUUACGGAACAACCGUCGAGACAUUUCAUUAAGAAAUGGGCAUACUGAUGAUGAGAAGAGUGACAAGAUUCUUGAAGUAGAUACUUGGAAGCCGCAUUUGAACUCCCAAAAAAGUAACAGAAACUUUCAGACAUCACAGCAUGCUUUUGCUUCUGAUUUAAACAAAGACAGGUUUAUGAGAUACGACUCUCCAUCAAAAUACUCAACAAAAGCUUCAAACUCAGUUCCUUUUCAGGCUACAGGGGAGUUUAUGUCUCUGAGCUCACUAAAAAUAGGAAAAGACGGAGCAACAAUAAGAACUGCUGAGAACAGCCCACAGGUGUAUUCUGCGUCAUCUAGGCCUGGACAUAAUGCCAGAAGAGGUCCUUUCACACCCACGAGGAGUGAGUGCGCGUGGGGCUUUUUUAGUGGGUACUCGGGUCAUCCAAACUACAUGGCAAAUACAGAAUCAUCUCGGGCUAAAGUUAGAUCACAGAGUGCCCCAAGGCAAAGGCUCGAGUUUGAAAAUUUUGGUUCAACCAGGAGUUCUGUUCAGGGGUUUUGGGAUGCAGGGAGUAACUCAGAUAGAGCCUUUUCCCACCAAACUGACUACAGGAACAAAACUUAUCCAGAUUCUAGCCGCUUGAGCAGACUUUGGAGUUCUAAUUUAAGGUGAUGCCACAUAUUUCAUAAAUUUUUUGUUCAGUCGAUGUAUGGUCGAAAUAACUAGAUUUGUAACUGUGCGAACAUGAGCUUGUAUCUGUUCUUGCACGAUCAAACAUGUGGACGCUCAAUGUUCUUACCUAUGUAUUCAAACAUAAUCUUAGCUGUGCUCCAACUUGUAUACUUAUUAAUCUGUGCAAUGAAUGCUCUUUUCUUUUUUAUA